AUGAAUGGUCAUCGAAAAAGCAUGCUAACAAUAAUAUUUGCAAUUUUUCUUUGUGUCAUUUCUCACUAUUCGAUUGCUAAUCCAAUAAAAUAUGAUGAAUUAUGUCAACAACAAUCACCACUUUUACUGUGUCAAUUUGAACCAAAUUCAGCAAAACGAACAAAUUAUGAUUUCAUUCGAUUUGGACGAAGUGGAAGAGUUCGUCCAGCAACAUAUGAUUACAUACGUUUUGGAAAACGAUCAACUGAAUUUCGGAUUAAUCAGGAUUUCGAAUAAUUUGAUAGCAUAAUUAUUGGAGAAUAACAGUGGUAAUAAUUUGUCGGAAUAAUUGGGAAAAUGUUGAAUAUAAUUUUAUGCAUACAUCCUUAUUUCUGUCUCUAAUGGUAAUUAAUAUUUGAAUAAAGAUUGAAC